UGUUGUUUACAAACAAACUGCGUAGUAUCAACUAUGUGCUCGAUAUGAUGGAGCUAGGUUACUCCGAACUCGGAGUGUGUUUGUACUUGUUAGUGUGCCCGUCGGGCUGCAAAGAGGUGUGCAGCCCCGGUGAAUAUUUUGACAGCAGUACCCGGAGUUGUCAACCUUGCUCCGAACCGUGCACAGGUGAAGUCCACUGUCAUCUCGGGUGCAGAUCUCAAGCCUGUCAGUCUGAUAACUACUACGACGUUGACGUCGGCGGAUGUCGAAGUUGUGCCGAACUCUGUCAUCAGGCGGAAGCGAGGGGAACUCGAAACAAAUGUAUGGAUUUAUGUCCAGUUGAAACACCAGUGAGGCAAACUGUAACGCCCAGUCCCCGAGACCUCCCGUCGCCAACUCCUCCAGACAACAGGAGGACUGGACAUCAAACCAACCAUGCUGUUGUCACAGUCCUCGUGGUAGCAGUGUUGAUCAUGGUGUUAUCUGCAGCAGCUGUAGCGACUAUGGCAGUCCUAAAGUUGGGGAAAGUCAGGAAGUACUCCUACAGAUGUUUUUUCUUUCCUGCGCCUCUGCAGGAUCCAGGUGCGUCACCUAGGUUUCUGAAAUUCCCACCAUGGUGAGGGUUCAACGGCACCCACCGCUGAAAUAGGGUUCACUGAACAACAACAUGAUCCAACAUAGACAGUACGAGGUGUGGCCGCAACCCCCAGAUCCUAACUACAUGAUAUACACUGCACCAUCAACACCAUCAUUAGUGAACACACCAUUCACGGAGUGCAAUACUUUCCAUGCUUACAGUCUGCAUUGGUACCACAUACAGAACAAGGCUUCUGACUGCUGACCACAAACGCUCCAGGUUCAAGAUCUCACUUGAGAACUUGAGUCGUUUUAAAGCAGAUCUUCUGACUUUGUAAUGCGAUCGGUAGCAAUGGAUGAGCCUUAGCUUUAGCACUAUGAGAUAGAGACCCACCAACACUCGAGGAAGAAAGCAAAGUCUUUUCCAUCAUGUUUUCUGAGAUUCCAUAGGCAUUCUACUAAUGGACUCUCUCUUGAAAGGUCAGACCAAUAGUAGUCAAUCUAAUCCUACCAGGCAACUGCAUGGGAAUGUGUGUUGGUUUUCAGGACAAUGAAAAGUGCACAAGUCUGUCACCAUGGCUACAAUGCAUGACUGUGGCUUUAAACUCAUUGAACACCGUAUGUAUUUACCAGAUUUGGCACCGUCAGAUUUUCACCUCCUCCCAAACUUGAAAAAAGAACUGCACAGCAAGCAUUAUGUAAAUGAUGAGGACGUCAUUUCUGCUGAGGACGUUUUACACCACCAGGUGGAAGCCUUCUACUCCAGUGGGGUCCAGCAUUGAUGGCAGAGGUUUGUGAACCUCGGAGGGGAUAUAGUGAAAGGUUAUUAACAACCAGCUUCAUCAACGCAUUCCAUCAUGGUUAGGAGGCGCGGGUGGCCCUGUCGUCUAAGGCGCUGCGAUUCGCUGUCCAACCCGAUUUUCCUCAUAUGAUAUGAGGGCUGACAUUUUACCAAUGGUAAACGUGCAAGUUACAUUUUAUGUUGAUGGUGGAUUAUAAUCGAAAAUCCACCCAGCCUCCCUUUAGUCCCACACAAUUUGUGCAUAUGUCAAAGAGUCAUGGUGGAAAUGUCAUUGAAUUUAUAGCCAUGGGUUUCACAAGCACGAGUUUAUACAUAUGUUUUCACUGUUAUUUGUUAAAUUGUGACUAGUUUUUUGUAUGAAUUUAAUAUAUCGGUAAUUUGUAUGUAUUUUUAAAAACAUAUUCACUAUAUUUUCUAAGUUUAAAUGUAACAUAAGAUGAUCUUCUUUUUGCUCUUUGAUAGGUGGCAUUGACCAUGUUCAGUGGGGCUGGGGACUUUGUGUUUAGCCAAAAUAAAUACUUCUAGGAUAAUGCUUGCCACCAUGCACUGACAGUUGUGAAGGAACUUAUUCUUACAUUUAACACAGCUUAUUGCAUUGGCAUUAAAACCCAAUGUGGAUCAGGGCGGCGUCUACAUGAAAUCGACUCAAACCAUUUGAUUGAGGAAACAAUGGAUAAUCUUUUCUGGGAAAUAGUAAGUCAUUCAUAAACCUUUUCAAAAUGAUGGCAUUCCCAAGCACACACGAACACAUGCGCACGCACGAACACACGUUACUACAGAAGCAUAAACCCUGGUUUGAUGAAAAAUGUAAAUCAUCACGUAGAUUUUACCACAAGCGUAAACGUAUAUAUGGAAGGACUAAAGACAGUAAUAGCAAAGCUAUGUACAUUUCAGCUAGUAGAGCUUAUAGUAAAACCCUAAAGAAGGCAUUUAAGACAUAUCAAAACAAAUGUGUCCAACAACUGAGGGAAUGUAAGGAUAGUAACCCUAAGAAUUUUUGGGAAAUUUUAAAAUCAUUUGAACCAAAGAAAACAGCAGAAAAAAUCAGUAUUGACAAUUUUUUUCAAUUUUUUAAAGAUCUUAAUCAAAGUUCUGAUGA